AUGGAUCCCGGUGCUGUGAUUUCUUUCUCUGUAAUCAUCUUUGAAAUGUGUAUUGGGAUGUUUUCUGGUCUCUUCAUUGUAGGCACAAUCUUAAAAGACAUCUUUAAAGGACAAAGAAUGAGUACAGGAGAUAAAAUAAUAUUGUCUCUAAGCUGCUCCAACAUCUGCCUGUUAAUAAUGACAUUUACUUCUGCUUCCGCAUCAUAUUUUCCCUUUAACCCCGACGUGUAUACGGUGUGCACCAUAAAUGCCUUCGUAAUUUAUAGCAGGACAUCUUGCUCCUGGUUGACUACUUGCCUGUGCUUCUUUUAUUUCAUUAAGAUCACCCAGUUGAAGUCUUCCUUCCUGUCCCUGCUGAAGAAGAAGAUUAAGAAGAUUGAUGUCCUAAUUCCGUGGAUGAUCCUGGUCAUUGAAGCUCUCUGUCUCGGUAGUAGCUUCUUCAGUGAAAUGACUCAAGUUCCUCCCCAACAAUCAUCCAACAUCUCAGUCUCCUUUUUAUUCGACACAUUAGGAGAUAAUUCCCACCCCGGAAGGACAAUUUUAUAUGUCAGUAUGUUUGUGUCAUUGCUGAUCUCAGUGGUCAUCACAGCUCGUAAUGCCCUUUCCCUCAUCGUUCAUAUUUGUAGGACGGGCAAGAACGUCACCCCCUCUGGCAGAACCAACGUGAAAGGAUUAUCCAAAAACUCAACCAUCACUUCAACUGAUGUGACCUCAGAACCUUACAAACUGAGGCUGAAAUUCAUGAACGUUGUCCUUGCAGUGACUUCCCAACCAAUCCUUAUUGCAAUAUCCACAACAGCUGCCAGUGCCGUGUCCCUCAAGCUGCACAAUGAUCGUAUCAAAAUAAACAUGGGUCACACCAAUAUGGAACAUCUCUCUGAAGAAGACACAACUGAGGAACACUUGCUCACACAAAACUCUUGA